AUGGACAACAAGCCAAAAGCAUUACCUUUGAACUUGAAGAUCGAAUCCAACAAAGACGUCUCUGUGAGUUCGGCAGCCUCAUUCCUGGACAAAUUUCUACAUGAAGGUGUUGCGAUCCAUGCAGCCAACAAUACCAUUGCCGCUCAACUCCAUCAGCUCCACCAAGGUCUCAAAGAAGAAAAGAAACGAGUACGCAAAGAAACAUAG